GAGGAACAGGAACAACGCUGCGCAAUGAGCGCCACCUCCAAACGCGAAGCAAUUCCUACCAUAACGGAGACCGAGCACUUCAGAAGUCAUGUAGGUACCUUGCAUACAGCUGGGCACCAAACCAAAAGUGGAGCCUUGUGUGGAUUUCACCAGCUGGGAUUUGGAGACUCCAGGAGCCUGGACUGAGGGUGCUUAUAGCUUAUAGCAGACUGGGGGCUGGCGGAAAUUAAAUGUUAAGUUAGAGGGUGUUUGGGAACAUCAGGUAAUAUCAGUAGAGACUGAAGGCAAAGAAUUUGAGGAGAUAAAAAGGGGAGCAAGAGCCUCUUUUCCAUCUCCAAAAGCUGUGUGUCAGAGUAUCUCCAUCCCAACGGGAAGUGACCCGGGCCGCACCUUGGAACCCCUGUUGCCUGGGCACCCAGGCAAGCCAGUACCGUGCUCUGGGACCAUGGAGUGGCGGUGGGUGCCCCUCCUGCUGCUCCUGAUGCCCUGGCUCCCGGGGCUGCACCCCUGCCUGCUCUGCUUCGUGCCCCCCGUUCAGUGGGCCCGGAUCUGCCGUGAGAUCACCUUGAGUGCUCAGGAUUCCCAGCACCAGCAAUGCCUGGAGGCCCUCGCAGAGGCUGCUGCUCCACUUGCCCCCGUCACUGUGGGGUCAGGGCAGAGCGAAGCACUGCGAAAGAUCGUCCUGGAUGCCUUUGAUUUGCUGGAGAAGCAGGACAAGAAGCCUUUUGAGGUGUCUCUGCAGGAAGCCAUCAAAAUGAUUUGGAUGAAGCUGAGCCAGUUGGAGCCAGCUCCUGCCUGCAUCCCCCCCUGUGGGUACCAGCCGGCUGCCCGCAUCUUCCAGUGCUCAACGUGCCGCCUUGUGGACUGCCAGUUCCCUGUAGACUGCCCAGUUCAGGACUUGUGGGUCCCCGAGGAUGAAGCCAUCACGCUGCACUGUGAAGUGCCCUUUGCUGCCCCUUCCGAGCUGGAAGUGACAUGGAUGUUCGCCAAGGAUAUUCGCACGCAGGACCUGGCACUGUUUGAGGAGCUGCAGAGGGGCACUAGGGAAUCGGCCAUCCUGACCGUGCAGGCCCCCACCCUGGGAACCAUUGCCUGUCGCCUGGGGGCCGCCUCUGAGACACUGGCCCGCAAGUACUUCUACCUCAAUGGUGUGCAUGGAUUGGAAGCCACCAGGGCAGCGUGGGGGGCAGCGGGACCCCAGGAUCCCUGGGUUCACAGGGGCCUCCUGGCGAUACUACCGAAAAUCUUCAGAUUCUCGCAGACCCCAUUGACUCCUGGGCACCCCAUGGACCUGGACACCAGGGCCCCAAAAGGAGCGUGGAUUCAUGUGGACUUACACCAGGAUCUUUCUCCAAGGGCCAAAACAUCAGCAGUUGCUCGUCGUGCAUUGUCCAUGGGAUGUAACAGGGGCACCUGGGCCCUUCUUCUGACUCUUUGCCUGAGAAAGGAGGCUGCGUGGGUCAGACGCGCUCACCCCACCCACUGCAGAGGGCCCUACAACUCUCCCACUGCAGCCCCACGGCUCUGUGCAUCAGAGGGAGCCCUGUGCCGCAGCCAUGGUAACCCAGUGCCUUCCACUCCUUGCUUGUGUGCUGGUCUUAGCCACCCCAGGCCCCUCUGUGCCUGCACAGACCCAAAAUGCUUUCAAGAAAACCUUCUCCAACACUUCAAUGAACACUCUGAAGAAAAACAGUUGGCCCAAGGACUGCAGUGAGAUCUCUGCUGGCAGCCCCAGUGGCGUCUAUACCAUCCAGCCCUCAGGGCUCCACCCCAUUGUGGUGUACUGUGAAAUGAACGUGGCAGGUGGGGGCUGGACAGUCAUCCA